CCGAAAUGCGCCCCCAACCCCUUGCGCACCCCGAAAUCGGUGACAGACCCUUUGCUCUUACGCGGAAAAAGAAAACCCUUUGCUCUCCGAAUUCAAACAAAGCUCCAUGGAAAUGCAGAGAAAAAUCACGGCUAGAGAAGACCGACUUAGUAAUUUGCCCGAUGAAAUUCUAAUUCACAUCCUCUCUAUGUUGCCGAGGUGGCACAAUAAAGAAGUUGUGAGAAGCAGCGUAUUAUCUAGACGGUGGAGAUUUCUUUGGAAGUCCGUCCCAAUAUCACUCGAUUUCGACUUCCCCAUUCGUGAAAGCGAAAAUGACAAUCUCCUUUACCUGGCUUCCAUUCAUAGAGAGCUUUAUUAUUGGAGGAAUUGCGAGAAAAUACAGAAAUUCAGGGUCUGGCGCCUUAGGUACGAGGAUCGUUUUGCUAAAGAUAUUGAUUUAUGGGUACAUUUUGCAAUUAAAGUUGCUAAUGUUGAAAGUUUUGCACUUGGAAUUAUCGAUACAAAUCACCAAAGAUAUGAGUUCCCUCAAUUUGCAUAUAAAAAUGCAUCGUUGAGUUAUUUGGCUUUAUGGUACUGCCAACUCAACCCUACUGGUAGUGUUAAUUGGAGUAAUCUCGUUUCUCUUUCACUUGGGUCUUUGCCUUUGACUGAUGGUGUAAUGGAAAAGGUAUUAUCUGGUUGCCCUAACUUGGAAUGCUUGGAACUGGAUAGUGUUUCGGGCAUUCAUCGUUUGGAAAUCAGCUCUGUGAAGCUGACAAAAUUGACCAUACGCAAUUACCUAAGUGAGAAUCCUGACCUUUGGCUCGAAAUAUUAGCUCCGUAUAUUCAAAAUUUGCAACUUUCUGGGUAUUGCAUUAACAUAUGUAUCCGACAGAGAAAUGUGGCUUCACUUGUCACUGCAGCCCUUCAUUUAAUUUUUGAUUUUGGGAAUCACGACUUGGAGAAGGAGGGUAGCUAUUUGAAGGAACUUCUUCACGGUAUUGCCCAUGUCGAGAAUCUUGAAUUGGGUCCAUGGUGCAUCGAGUUCCUGUCCGUACUGGAGUUGAAAGGGUGGCAGCCUCCACCAUCAAACUGGAAAUUCUUAGAACUUCCAGCCUUACAACAGUUGGACUUACCUGGACUUUGCAGCUUUCUCCCGUGUUCAUUGGAUCUUGAGGCAUUGGUCAUUGACUGGAGAUACAAUGAUGAAGAAAGAGACCUACUGUCAAGGUACACAAAUGAGGAUGAACAGAUCAGGAGGUUUGAAACACGUAAUUUUAACUGCUCAUUUCCAAAUUUGAAGACCAUCGAGAUCAUUAACUUUCAUGGACCACUAAGUGAAAAUAAGUCGCUGCUGCCAUUGGUAAAAUAUUUUCUCAAGCAUGCAACUGUGCUUGAAAAGUUCGUCAUUGACGCCAUAUUCAAAGAGAGUGAUAUGCUGGAUCAUUUCGAAAUGACACAGGAGUUACUAAGCUUUCCAAGAUCCUCUCCGCAGGCUUCUGUUGUCUUUUCUUAUCGAUAAUCUUUUGCCCCUCUCGUUUGUAUUGAUUGCAAUAUACUUAAUAGCUGUUACUUUAUGUCUGAAACUGACACGAGUGGGUUGCUCUAGUGGUGAGCACCCUCCACUUUCAACCAAGAGGUUGUGAGUUCGAGUCAUUCCAAAAGCAUGGUGGGGAGUUGUUGGAGCGGGAGAUGCCGAGGGUCUAUCGGAAACAACCUCCCUACCCCAGGGUAGUGGUAAGGUUUGCGUACACACUACCCUCCUCAGACCCUACUAGUGAGAUUAUACUGGAUUGUUGUUGUACUUUAUGUUUGAAACUGGUUAUGUAGCUGAUAAACAAGGUUAGGAUUGUACUUUUCAGUGUCCAAGGAGUUGUUGAUAUUUCUUCAGUCUAAGUAACAGCAUGUUUAUUCUCUAAUCAUCAUGUAAGGGAGCCUUCUCUAAUUGUUUUGGGAUUUCUAUUCUUAUUGCAGAAUCCUCAUCUUUUUUUUAUACAAUUAAAAUUAAGUUGAAAAA